AUGCCGCUGGUGAUCGACAUCCUUUCGCCAACAAUGAAUCCCACAAUCCUUGCCAUUGACGGCGGCGGUGUACGUGGUGUCAUCCCACUCGAAUUUUUGGUCUUGAUUCAGGAGCAUCUCGGUCCUUCCUGCCCGCUUCAGGACCUGGUAGACCUUGCUGUGGGGACGAGCUCGGGCGGAUUAAGUACUCUUGGUCUGUUCAAGAUGAAAUGGAACGCUCGCAAAUGCUCAGAUAUGUUCGAUAGGGUAGCGCGACGUAUUUUCCAUGAAAGACGUGAGUCGGCCAUCUCUCGUUUUUUCCGAACGGUAUUUAAGGCAGAGCUUCCCUUGGCCAUUCUCCCCAGAUGGGUGCUAUGGCUCCUCCAUGACGGAUGCUACGACAGCGGUACUUUUGAUCUGGCAUUGAAGGAUGUUUUCGGCGACGAUCAUAGGAUCUUCGGUGCAUUCGACAGGCAAUCGACCGCAAUCUCCGGUACGAGAUUCGGUGUUGUGGCAACCAGCAUCGCUAAGGAUACACACUCAUGUGUCUUUGGUAACUUCAACUCCGACCACGGAUCUACUGAUAACUGCGAGUUCAAGAUUGUACGGCCGCUCAAUCCACACCACGAGCCUCUCGUAUGGGAAGCCUUUUUCCCCACAGCGGAUAUUAGAGACAUCGGUUCGUUCCAGGAUGGCGGGCUUCGAGACAACUUUGCUGCUGGCAUCGCUCGCAGGCUCGUACGCCAGGUUUGGCCCUCGAGAAAACAUCCAGCAAGGCUGUUAUCUAUUGGGACCGGCGCGAUACCGCAACCGUCCGCAGAGACUCCGCAUUUCCGCCAUGUUUUCAGGGAUAGUUUCGUCCGCCGCGGUUUCGACGCCUGGAUGGCAUCAAUGGAUACGGAUCCAAAAUGGAUGGAGAUGUUCAACCAACUGGACGAAGCUGACAAACCUGAUUAUUUUCGGUUCAACGUCCAUUUACGUGAAAUCCCAAAUGCUAUUGACAGCGUUGAGGCCAUGGAUGAUUACCGCAAUCUCGUCAUACUUCAGGCUGGAAGCACCGCUCUUGCGCGCGACGCAGCCAUUGCGUUCCUGAUCUCUCGCCUAUAUUUUGUGGUGGAGGCUAUCCCCGAGACAGGGAAUUUACCGCUUUCUUGCCGGGGAACUGUCCGGUGUAAAGGGGUCGCGCGACAGAUAAUCACGGCGAUAGAACGCCUUCAUCCACAGCGUCUGGACUUUAUAACUGACUCCGAAUCACUCGGAUCCUUUCAAGCCUUGGAAGAUGUCUGUAGAGGCUGCGGUCGUUAUCGCAAAGCCGUGUCAUUUUUUAUCAACCACCUAGACGAAACCGUGAACAUUUAUUUGCGAUCAAAUUCCCAAAAGAGGUGGAGGAUCAACGGAUUUCCAGACACUGUACGGUCAUUCAUUUUGGCGCAGAAGAUCGACUCUCCAUUUGGUCAGCAUCACCACGGUCGCGCUGGAAUUGCGGCCUGUAGUGAGUGCACCGCUCAUGUUGGUCCAUUUCAGGGAAAGCGCAGAAAGCGAGCUUCAGAUGUCUCACAACAGGAUGGGGGCGGGAAGCGAUCGCGGGUCGCGUGA